AUGGCUUAUGUUGCUGGGGAAGGGGGCAAGAAGAUGGUGCUGUCGUCUGCCACCAAAAAAUGGAAGGAUUUUAAGUCUACCUUAACUAGGAAGUUUAUCCUUCCAUUCGCAAAUGAGAAGGAGAAGUUAAAAGAGCCCCCUCAGCUUUAUAACUUCAUAGAGAAAUCUAAAUGGGAUGCCAUUGUAGCUUCAAGGUUAUCCCUAGAUUUUGAGGCUGUGCAUUCUGGGCAGUCACAGAGAAGGGAGAAAUGUGAGUACAACCAUAGGUUGUCUCGAAAAGGGUACGUUGGUUUGGAGGAUCAAUAG